CUGACCCUUCCCAGUCUUGGGAUCUGCCGAAUCGCCGGGAUCCGAACGAUGCUUUCCAUGUUCCUUUCGCAUGCCUGGGCGCUACCUCCUCGGGCACCGCAAGUGCAGCGGAGGAGCCUGCCGCUGCAGAGGGAGAUAGGACGUGACCUCCCCCGUGCCCUGGCAACCCUCUCUGCCGGCCUGGUGGAGCGCUCCGUGGAAGCCAAGCUGCUCCUGCUGGCCGUACUCGCGGGAGAGCACUUGCUGCUGCUGGGACCUCCCGGCUCAGGCAAGAGUCAGCUGGCGGCGCGUUUGCAGCUUCUGGGCUUGCGGCACUUUCAGCGGCUGCUGACCCGCUUCACCACCAUUGAGGACGUGUUCGGGCCGAUGUCCCUGGCAGCUUUGGAGCGAGAUGAGCUGGAGAGAAAGGUGCAGGGCUUCCUCCCAGAUGCCGAGAGCGCCUUCCUGGACGAAGUCUUCAACGCGGGCAGCGGUUUGCUGAAUGCGCUGCUCACCUUGCUGAACGAGCGCCGGUUUUGGAGCUCCAAGGGCCUGACACGGGCGCCGCUGUGGUGUCUGGUGGCCGCGUCCAACGGAGCGCCAGAUCUGGGGCUGGAGUCGCUCUAUGACCGCUUCUUGCUGAGGCGAUGGGUUUCUCCCAUCUCGGACGCCGGGCUCAAGGGCUUUCUGCAGCGCUGCCUGAGCCGCAGCGGCCGGCCCGCGGCUUCGCGCGGCUUCCUGCGGUGCCGGGAGGUGAAAGCUGCUGCUGGCAGAGUGGAGUUUCCCCCUCGGUUGCUGCAUUUGCUGCCGCGGCUGCGGCAGGUGCUGCAGGAAUGGUAUCCGCGAGCUCACAUCUCAGACCGGCGCUUGGUCAAGGCUGCCCGGCUGGGGCCGACAGGUCACCGAGCUGGACGGACCUGCUUUGCCUGCAGCACGUGCUUUGGGACCGAGAGCCCCAGGGCUCCUUGCGAAUCCGGGAGUGGCUCAUGCAGCACUUGCUCCCCGAGGUUUCAGGCGGAGAAGUUGGCGAUCUUUACGUGGUGUGUGCCGAAAGGCCCCAACUGCAAGGGAUCUACCAUCGCGCAGUGGCCGAAUCUGGAGGCCGCGCCUACCAUCAAAGCUCAGGCGACGGCCGGAUUUUCUUCCAGGGCGGUUGGUGCCUCAAGUCUGCGGGCGAUUUCUUCUACAGCGACCAUCAGGGUCCAGAGCCUCCUGUGGGUGGCUGGAGCGGAAAGGAGCCCGAAAAUGAGGACGCGGAGCCUCCAUCAGUCUGGAAGGUUCUGGACGGCAGCGCAAGUGACCACGCAGCGCUGCUGGCAAAGAUGCUGCUGCAACGACGGACGAGGUCGGGCACGGAGCUUUUGGCGGCUCUGGAGGUGCUCAAGAAGCAGCGUGAAGAGGUGUUGUCUUCAUUGGAGGAAGUAUUGAGCCACUCAACUCGGUCUAUUUGGUUGGAGGAAAGUGACUUUGAGGACGCCAAGGCGAAGCUGCUUCCGCGCGCCCAGAAAGCUGUGAUGCAGGCCAGGUGGAUCAGAAUCGGGCCACGUCUGUCCUUUGAACGUCGCAGGUGGCCGAAUUGCUGG